AUGAACAUAACAAAGCCAAGCCCAGCACCCGCACCGCCAGUGGCGGCGACCCCAGCGCCGCCUGUGCCUCCCCCUGCAGCAGCCCCAGGCCUGCUGGCCCCCGCGGCGCUGCCUGGCCCCUUCCCCGGCGGCCGCGUGGUCCGGCUGCACCCGGUCAUCCUGGCCUCCAUCGUGGACAGCUUCGAGCGGCGCAACGAGGGCGCGGCCCGCGUUAUCGGGACCCUGCUAGGCACUGUGGACAAGCUCUCAGUGGAAGUCACCAAUUGCUUCUCGGUCCCACACAACGAGUCUGAAGAUGAGGUGGCUGUCGAUAUGGAAUUUGCCAAGAAUCUGUAUGAGCUGCACAAGAAGGUUUCCCCUAGUGAAAUCAUUUUGGGGUGGUAUGCUACGGGCCAUGACAUUACAGAGCACUCUGUCCUGAUCCAUGAGUAUUAUAGCCGGGAAGCACACAAUCCAAUCCACCUCACUGUGGACACCAGUCUCCAGAAUGGGUGCAUGAGCAUCAAAAUUCUUGAAGGUCUGGCAUUUGAGCUCCUGGCUUAA